GAUAAAAGCAAGGGCAGCUGCUGUCGCCGGGGAUCGUUUGUCUGCUCCUCCGGCCGCUACGGCGCUGAAGUCGGGCAGCAACCCCGCAAGGACCGGGUAGUUGAAAAAUACUGAACAGCAUUGAAAUGGGAAAGAAGAAGGAAAGACGGAGUUCUGCUCAGAAUGAUGAGGCAUCUGACAAUCAUGUGCCUCAAUGUACUCACUUUCGUAAGGGAUUGAACCAAAGCAAGGUUAAGAGAGCUUUUGUCCAGCAUUGGUGCAAUGCUUGUGAGGACUGCAAAGCUGAUGCCAAAACAGAGAGCAAAUACGAGAAAACUGAUGAAACUCCAACUGUCUGGCUAUGCUUAAAAUGUGGACAUAAGGGUUGUGGGAGGAAUUCAGAAGGACAACAUGCUCUUAAACAUUACAAGGAGCCACAUUCAGAUGCACAUUCUGUGGUUCUUAAUUUGGACAACUGGAGUGUAUGGUGCUACUUGUGUGAUGAUGUAGUACACUACGAAGUUACAGACCAGUUAGGACAACUUGUAGGAUUUGUCCAAAAAAAGAUUGCUGAUAAAUGCACUAAAGAAGUUACAGCUACACUGCCUCCAUCACAUGAAAAAGAUAAGGCUAAGGGAAAGGAAGACAAUGCAACAGAAACUGAGAACGAAAAGGUUUGGGGGGAGAACAACCAACAAAUAUCAGUAAAAGGACUCAGCAAUCUUGGGAAUACAUGUUUCUUCAAUGCUGUUAUACAGAUUUUGUCACAGACUUACGUGCUGAAAGAGGUGAUUCGGGGAACAAAAAUGAAUGGAAAUACAUUGACGAUUAUAACUCCCGAUUCUUCAAAUCUGGGACCUCUAGAGAUUCACACUGAUCAACUAGGACCACUGUCAUCUGCAAUGCAUCAAUUUCUUCUUGAUAUUCAAGACACCAAAAAGAAUGUUGUUACUCCAAAGGAACUGUUCACUCAAGUCUGUAAAAAGGCUAUACGCUUUAAAGGGUUUCAACAGCAAGAUAGCCAGGAGCUGCUUCAUUAUUUAUUAGAUGGAAUGAGAACUGAGGAGAUCAAACGAUUAGGUGCUGGCAUUUUAAAAGCCUUAAAUUAUUCUUCGGAGAAGACGGAAGAUGAAGAAUCCAGGAAAAUCAGGAAAGUAUAUGAAAAGGAGGCAUCUAUGCUGAAUUUUGUUGACCGGGUUUUUGGUGGGACAUUGACAAAUACAAUCAUGUGCGAGCAGUGUAAAAUGGUUACAUUAGUGAAAGAAUCUUUUUUGGACUUGUCACUACCUGUUUUGGAUGAUCAGGGUGACAAGAAGAAAUCCCAGGGAAAAGGUGGAAGAAACACUGCUGAAGAUGAUCAAAAUGAAAAUCUUCGUCACUGCAAUGGAAGUUUUGUCUCCAAGAACAGAGGUGAUAUUUCAACUGGCCCAAGCAAAUAUGAACAAAAGAAGGCAAAGAAACAAGCUAAAAAGCAAGCCAAGCACCAUCGCCAACAGCAGAAGUCCCAAGCAAGAACACUUGGUUUGGAGGACUCCACUGCCAAAUGUUCUUUGGAUGAAGUACAGAGAGGAAAACAUGAUGCUUCUGCAGAAAGCAAGGAAGACCUAGAGGUCUCUCCAGAACCAGAUGAUCGUAACAGCUUAUCAACAGACCAUUGUUUGGGCACCACAACAAAGGAAACUAUGGCAGUUGACGAUCAAGAAUUGAGCCAAGAAAAUGUUGAAAUUGGUGAUGAAGACAAAUCUGGUGAAACUGAACAAAAAGAAAGGCAUUCUGAUGAUUCCUGCAACUCCAAGGACUUUGACGCUUCAGAUACAUUUGAGUCAAAUGGAGUGACUGAGGACCUAGUUAGUGCAUCCAGUGAAGAUGAAGAAACCUUUGUCAAUAAUAUGAAUAAACUAAAUCUGAAUGAGUACACAACGAAUCAUGAUGAAAUAAGUUCAAAUCGAGUGGAAUUUGAGAACUAUUCUGGAACUCCAAAUGAUCAAGUCUCUUCCAUUAAAGACAAACAGGUGCUUUUUUUGGAUCCAGAGAAAGCAUUUUGCACAUCUGCAGACAGAAAGCUGCUGAGUGUAAAGGAUUGCUCUGUUGAGGCUUGUUUACAGCAGUUCACUCAGAUAGAAAAACUCACUGGAGCAAAUAAAUUGCUCUGUGAAGAAUGUACCCGAAGGCAGGACAAAAGUGGAUCAAAGAUCAAUGCAAAUGAUGAAAAAUAUGUGUACACGAAUGCCAAGAAGCAAAUACUCAUUUCUUCGUUCCCUCCAAUUCUUAUACUUCAUUUGAAAAGGUUCCAGCAGCUGGGGUUAAAUCUUCGUAAAAUAAGCAAGCGUAUCCAUUUCCCACAAGUUCUUGAUCUUGCUCCAUUCCGUGCAGUGAACUGCAAGAAUGUUGAAGACUGUACAAAUAUAUUAUACAGUCUAUAUGGAGUUGUGGAACACAGUGGCACAAUGAGAUCUGGGCAUUAUACGGCUUAUGUCAAGGUGCGAACUCCCAGCAAACACCUUUCUGAAUAUGCGCUGACUAAAUGUAAAGCAUCAAUGAUCAAUGCAGAGGCACCCAGAGGAAGCUGGUUCCAUGUAAGUGAUACCCAUGUAAAAGCAGUGUCAGAGUCUGAAGUUUUAAGUGCGCAAGCCUACCUCCUGUUCUAUGAGAGGAUCUUUUAAUUUUUGCCAAUAAAAGGACUUAAUAUUGAUCACUUUGAUUCAUACCACAAUAGACCACUUGAACUUCUGGAAGAAAAAAAAUGGAAUCUAUGCAAUGUUCAUCAAAUGAAAAAAUUGACUGAAGUACCAAAAAAAAAUGAUCAUAAAGUUAAUCUUCCUAAACCACUAAAAUUGCCAUGUAUUUUUCCCUAGGUGAUAUUAAACAUUACUUUUAAACAUUCAUACUUUGAAUAAAAUGAAUUACUUUUGAUAGCAAAAUCAUUUUCAGCUUCCACUGAGCAAUUUUGAAAUAGUCAUUGCCCUCUUACAUGUAAAAUCAUGAGUCAGUAGGAGUACUCUUAAUUUGAAGCCACUGUUCAAUUCUAAUGAAGAAUGCUCAACUAUUCUACUCAUGUAAAUGUAAAAAGACAGUUAUAUCUGUUGAUCAGAUCUGUUAGCUUUUUCCACUCACUAGUUGAGGGGCAACAACUUUUGGAUGCUUGUAUUAAGUGAUUUGUUUCAUAUGUAUCAUACAAUGUUCUAUGCUUUGUCUCAGGCAAUUGCAACUGGAAUAAAAUUAAGUCUUUUGUUCUA